AUGGAUGUCGGACAUCUUGCUAAUACUGGAGUCAAUUUAACAGGUUAUGCUGAUCAAAUCAACAUAGAAAGAAAGAAAUUCACUAUCAACUACCGUAAAGAGAAAUUUUUCCAAAAUGUCAUACAUAUGAAACGCAAUCUUGCUGAAUUGAAACCGAAAGUAUUAACCAAUGAUUCGAAUCUUGAAGCAUUAAAGCCUGAAUCAUUGUCAGAUGCCUUCCAAGCCCAAACAGAAGAAGCGAUUCAUCAGUUUUUAUCAAUAUUCUUAAACGUUGCACAGUCAAGUUUGAAUGAUGUCAAAAGAGUAGUAUGUACAGAUCAAUUUAUUGAUGGCUUAUCUUCUUUAUACAAUCUCACUUUUUCAGAUUCAACAAUGUUUGAGAUAUACGAAGUUACAUCCAUCACUUUCAACAACUGCAGGAACAUGCAGAAGCUCGUAGACUCUGAUAUAAUUGGAACUUUGACUGGUCAAUUAUACGAACAAAAUCCGAACUUGAUAUACAAGCAGAUAGAACUUAUUAGCUCCAUUGCCAUGUCCAGCGACUAUGCACGCGAUGCUUUACUAUGUUUUGGAGUCCAUAAUAUCAUGGUCGACAUUUUUAACUCUUCAGAAGAAUCAGAUUUGAAGACACUUAGCUGCAAAUGUAUCUACGCACUGUUCCAGGCCAACGGCAAAGUAGAUACUUGCAUUAUCCAAGAAUUUAUUCCUUCUAUCGUAGAAAUGUUCUCAACAGCUGAAAAUCCUCAGCUCGAAGCACUUUUUGGCACAUUGAUAGAGAUGACAAACCAAGAUCCUGAAGCCGUUUUUACCAUCUACAAUUUAAACGCAUUUCCAGCCAUUGUUCAAGCAAUUUCUAGUCCAGAUCUUACCAAUGUCGCUCUCAGCCUCUGCGGCAAUUUAACAGUCAGCCAACCUGUGCAAAUUCUUAACCUUAUUGAACUUGGCCUGAAGGAGCAAUUAUUUGCACAGUUAGAUGGCGAAUAUGCUCCAUUAUCACUUUGGGUCCUCUCCAACAUGAUCGAAUGUUGUCCAAAUGAAAUUUUGUCAACAUUUACACCCGAAAUGAUUCUUAGUAUCAUAAAGAACGCAAAUGAAGGAUCAUCAGAGUUCAAACAAGAGGCAACAUUCCUUGUUAGCUCACUUGUUCUCUUCUCCACCCUCGAUAUGAGAUUCUAUUGCCAACAAGACGUAAUUGACCUCUUAACUGAAAUGCUCGGAUGCGGCAUCUACUACGUAACAAUCAGAUGCAUCGACGCUCUUAUAAAGAUCAUUGAUUUCUGUAACAAAGAAGGAACAACAGACGAAAUCGAGUGCAUGCUCAAAUCAUGCGACUUCUGCGACAGAAUUGACGAUCUAACUGACUGCCAGAAUGAUGAGAUUCAAAAGAGACUCGCAAUCCUUCAGAAAACUGCUGAUUUUUGUUAA